GAUCUCGGUGACCGUGAGCUGUUUGACAUGUUGGACGGAAAAGAAGCGUGCUAACAACAAACAUGAUGAAUAUAGCUGCUUUAGUUAACAGCCUCAGAUGCUCUUUGCUACACAUUGAAAGCAGACUUCUGCAGGUCGCCGGACUGACGUUAGACACGCAACUGGCUCCAGCUCUGGCAGUGAAUGGCCCCAGCCUCCUGCCUCAGCCCGACAGGGAGGAUGAGAUGGAGGAGCAGCACAACCCGGAGCAGUCUCCCGGCCUCCUAGACGGCAUCCUGUGGAUGGCUGCACCCAAGAAGAGGCGCACCAUAGAGAUUAACCGCACCAGGAGGAGAGCUGACAGCAAUCUCCUAAAAGUCAAGAACAACAUCGAGCCGUGUCCAGAGUGUGGCCACUUGAAGCAGAAACACAUCAUGUGUGGCUUCUGUUAUGCUAAAGUGUGCAAGGAGACGGCUCUUAUUCGUCAACAGAUGAAAGCGAUGGAAGGUGGCCCGCUGGGGGCCCCGACCGUGGAGACCAUCGUCCUGUAUGAGGGCGAAACACCAAGUGAGCUGGACAAAGACAAGAGGAUUGUGGAGAGGGGCAGGAAGAGGCCCGCCUGGUUCAGCUAAUGAUGCUGAGAUAUUAUUGCUGUGUGUGAUACAUAGCUUGAGUUUGACACAAGUCACACACACACACACACACACACACACACACUGAUUCUUUAUAUGAUGUAGAAAACAGCAUAUUUUGUCCAGUCUGUUAUUCAGUUAAUGAAGGAGGCUGUUGUGUCAGUUUUGUUUCCAUAAAGCAAACUGUUUGAUCAGCACUGACACCCGGAGCCUUGAUAAAUACUGCCACGUCAGACAUGUUAUCUGUGAACAUACUGUACUAUAUCAAUGAUGUGUUGGUUUGGGGCUCGCAUAGCCUCAAAGUUUUGUUAUUGUUUCAACUCAUAUUUCUGACUGAGAGAAAUUUACUGUAAAUUUGGUUGACAAUAAAUCCAUUAUUUGAAA